AUGGAGCCGGAAUCGCGGCUGCCAGUACGGCGACCGUCAUUUACCGCCUUUUGGAAGCGCACAAAGGACGCAGCAUCAUCUGCAGUCAAACAGGGCACAUCUGCGUCCACUUCAGCGAGUCUGGAUUGGCGCCAUAUGCAGCCCUGCCAGCACAGGCUGGCAUGGGAGGGGUGGCCGGCCUCUUCCAAGUGGGUGAUGGACGUCUCCGCUCAGAGCAUCUAG